AUGUACAUAGGAGCUUUACAAGUGACGUUGAAAGGGAAGUCUUAUACUGAACAUGGCAUGCCUGUGAUUCGUUUCGCAUACCGCGGACUGCAGAACGGUACGAUAUACAGGUCACAUCCCAAGGAUCACGAGCGUCGUGCAGCGUCACGAUUUCUGAGCCCGAACCAUGAAUAUCUGAUAGAUACCGAAAACGCCAAAUACUUUGGAACUUUUCAGGUAAUGGGUGGAGAAAAGUUGCCAUCCGAUUUUGAGAAAAGUCUAAUUCCUGCGAAUGAGGAACAGGGACUCACAAAUCACAAAAUCGCUCGAGGAUUGAGCUAUGCCACUCAUUUGUCCGCAAUAUCGUCAUGA